UGAUGUUAUAUUGGUGUUGUACUUGACCAGAAUAACACCUGUAAGUGCUGGAAUUUAAAAGGUCUGGGCUGUUGGUAAAAGGUGAUGAGCUGUAGUUGAAUGAGAAUUCCAAAUAGAGAAAACCUGGAUGAAUUCACCUCUUGAUUUGGGGGUGGGUAAAAAGAAUAAUUAUAGAGGUUGGCAAAAGAGCUGGCACACCAGGUUUAUCUGCUGUCGGGGGGUGUGUGCUUUAAUGUACUUUCUUGAGGCAUGCUCUGUCUUUAAUUUGUAAAAAUAGGAUCCUGGUAUGACUAGUUCUGUAUCUUAGUAUUCCUUAAUCUUCUGUCUGAUCUCAUGAUUUUUGGAUCCUGAUUUUGUUUUUUCUACUCUUUAAUACAUCUGAGAUGCAGCUGAGGCUGUGCUCAUGCUGCAGGCCCCUGAAGGCCCGACCUGCUGGCUGCUGUCGUGCCCAGGCUGUGGGUUUGGGCAGGGUAGCAGAGCCCAGAGAGGUGGGAUGUGCUCCCCUGUGCUGGGGUGAAUGAGACUGGCCUCGUUUACUAGGAAUGAAAAGGGCAAGUAAUCUUUUUGGUUGGGGAUUAACUGUGAACCUUCAGUUGUUUUGGAAUGUAGGGCUCUGACUCGGUUAAAUCCUUGUGUUGCUUUUAGCUGGGUGACUGUGUAUUGAAGUUUGCUGGUAAAGAGGAUGGGAGCAGAAGUCUUGGUAGCUGUGUGGUCUCGACAAUGUAAAAAUAAACAAACUGAGAAGCUGUACCCUACUUAAAACAGCCUGACCUAAAUUUCUAGCCAUUUUAGCAGCGAGGCAGGCUCUGGAUAGAAAUAAGGGCUUAACUGACGAUUGGCUUCCCUGUCCAUGCAUUGCUUGACAUGGUUGAUGGGCCACCUUUGGAAAAUCUCCACUGGUGUCUGGGGUCAUUCCUUCCUCCCUUGAAUUGCACAACCAGGCUGUGGAUUUGCCUUGCUGCUCUCAUGUGGAGGGAGUCCCCUUGUUAUGCAAGUCAGCAGUUCAGCAUCUUCUGGGAAGUUAAGGCAUGAACCACUUCUCAAAUUGCUUUUGUUGGAGCGUUGCUGAAAACACGUUUCGUGUCUUCUGGCUUGUCCCUGAAGAGAUUUCUUUCAAGAGUGUGUAUGUGUCUGUGAAGUCCACUCAUACUCUUUGGCUGUAGAUUAAUGUUCUUGCUAUCACUUGAAGUUCUGCCCUACUGAAUUAUUAAUCUGCAGUGAAAUGAUUUUUUUUUUCUUCUUACUGUUCAUUGACUUUCAUCCUUGAUUUAUUCUUCUGUGCAGCUCCAAACUGGAGCCUGGGAAUUUUGACUAAUAUUAAUGGCUCACAUAUAUGACCUCAAUGGUGGCUAAAUUUCUUUUUAAUUGGGAAAAGGACAUCUGUCUUUCAAAGUACGUGCACUUUCCUGGGUGAAAGGUAGGCUGUUCAGGAAUAUACUUUAUCCUCAGGGGCGUGUUGUUAUUUAACACAACUGGGGUGGUCAGACAGCUGGUGGAGUGAUUACCCGUGUGCUCUGGAGGCAGUCCUGUGGGUGGUGUGAAGGGAGAAGGAGGGAAAAGCUCAUCUGCAGAUUCACCUACCAAUGUGGCUCUGUAGCUGAGUGCUCUGGGGGCAGAGCCUGCCCUUGCUUAGAGAGCAUUCCCCUGGCUUGUUCCUGUAGGUACUGAUCGUCUGUUCUGUUCUUUUGUGGUUUUGUGUGUGCCUUUUCCUGCAGGAAGAUAAGGUGAAUCGCGUAUCCUUUCAGCAGCCUUCUGUUAAACUUGGAAUACUGCAGUUCAAGCAGCUGAACAGAUGGAUAAUGGAGACUGGGGAUAUAUGAUGACUGAUCCAGUCACGCUAAAUGUGGGUGGACACAUGUACACGACAUCCCUCACAACUCUAACGAGAUAUCCCGACUCAAUGCUUGGGGCCAUGUUCAGGGGAGACUUCCCCACUGCCAGGGACUCUCAGGGCAAUUACUUUAUUGACAGAGAUGGACCACUUUUCCGUUAUGUUCUUAACUUUUUAAGGACCUCAGAACUCACUUUGCCACUGGACUUCAAGGAGUUUGACCUCCUUCGGAAGGAAGCCGACUUCUAUCAGAUCGAGCCGCUCAUUCAGUGUCUUAAUGACCCCAAGCCGCUGUAUCCCGUGGAUACCUUUGAGGAGGUGGUGGAGCUGUCCAGCACCCGGAAGCUUUCCAAGUACUCCAACCCCGUGGCUGUCAUCAUCACACAGCUCACUAUCACCACGAAAGUCCAUUCCUUACUGGAAGGCAUUUCAAACCACUUCACAAAGUGGAAUAAGCAUAUGAUGGACACCAGGGACUGCCAGGUUUCCUUCACUUUUGGGCCGUGUGAUUACCACCAGGAAGUGUCUCUCCGGGUCCAUCUGAUGGAGUACAUCACCAAGCAGGGCUUCACGAUCAGGAACACCAGGGUUCAUCAUAUGAGUGAGCGUGCUAAUGAAAACACAGUGGAGCAUAACUGGACUUUCUGUAGACUGGCACGGAAAACAGAUGACUGAUUCUGACUCCACAGGAGCCACUUCAGUGAUUAGCAACUUAAUUGGACAGCAAACCCAAGAGAGUCUGGAUUUUGACUAAAGCAACAAUGUGGGCUUUUUUUUAUUUUAUACGACUAUUUAUUGUUUAUCAGUAAGGACUGGAGGAGUUUAAUUCUCUAGCAGCUCUGUCCUUUUGUCCUGUUCAGAAAAAAACAACAUGCAUGUGCCUGUUCAGUCAAGACACCUUUUUGUUUGAAAGAAGGAGUCCGAAGAAAUUAGUACAAUAGGGUGUUUUGUGUCAUUAACAGAAUUCUCUGAUGCAACUUAAAGUGCUAAAAUUACCUCUGUUAAAAUGGUUUCUAAUCCAUCUAAUGCUACGAUACUGAGAGCAAGAAACAAACAGAAUUUAAGAUGCAGUUGGGGAAAAAGCUGCUAUCAUGUAGACUAAUUUAGUUUCUAAAUCAAUAAACAGUAUUGUAAUACUCUAGGAAAACAAAUCCCACCCUUUAAAAGUACUUGAUAAGUACAGUUUCUUACAGUUAUGACAACUGUUUCUUUCUAUGCAUAUAAAUCAAGCAACCAAAUAUCUGUAGCCAUGGAAGUAUGAUUAGAAAUAUUUAUAUUGGAUUCUAAAUUCAAAAUGUCCCUGUGGUAGAAUUCAUAUUUUUAAUGCCUGGUGCAAUAUUAUUCCCAAGUGUAAUGCCUGCCAGCAAGAAGCUAAUAAAAAUGUGAAAUACAGAAUA